CGUCCUACCUCUCGCGUCGUGCUGCAUAUGUAUGCUCGUGCAGGGCCUGUGGUGCGUUCCUGCUUGUCUGGACCCUCGUCUGUCUCGGAGACUAGAGCUGUGUUUGCAUGUGGUGUUUUCUCCGUUCCCUGCUGGCUGGCUGCUGUCGAGCACUACUACUGCCAUCUUGUCCUUCCAUCUACCGGACGAUCGCCUGCCUCAUCUGUGGUGGCUACUGCAAUAGUUCUCUCUUUCGCCCUUUGUCUCUCGUCUCUCGUCUCCUCCGGUCUGCUUGCAUCCGCUACGUCCCGCUCAUUGUCUCCGUCUUACUGUAGAUGCGCUAUAGUUAUUGGCUAUCCUGCUCUCUGCCGUAUCC